AUGGUACCAGCUGUAACAGAUGGAGAUCUGGAGCUGCUCCUGGUACAGGUGAUAUGGCGUCAUGGAGAUCGAGGGCCUACGAAAACGUUUCCGAACGAUCCAAUCCAGGAGCACGACUGGACAUUCGGUGGAGGAGGUUUUGGACAACUUUCACCUAUCUACGUUCGCUCAACCGACAGAAAUCGAACGAUAAUUUCGGCUAUGGCCAAUAUUCUUGGUAUGUACGGUCCGAACGACGGCGAGGCUAGGCCCAAUAUAGAUUACCCAGCUGACGAUGGAUGGCCAAAGGGUUUUGUCCCGAUAGCCAUUCACGUGGUUGAUGGUAAUGACUAU